UAUCUUCAUUUCCCAUAAGUUUUCGCGCAUUUCACAAGUGUUGUUCGAUUUUCAAAAAUAAAUAUUUAAGUAUCUGUGAUUAUACGUGAUUGAAAGUAAAAAAUGUGGAAGAUAUCAAAGAUGGAAUUAAAAUCAUGACUCCCAGCAUGAUGCUACGGAAGCCAUGACAUCGGCGUUCGCCUCAUGCCGGAAAACUAACCAAAAAGAAUUUUAAUGGAUAUCUCAGUCAUUUCUUAAAAUAAGAUCAAAAUGGCACCACCGGAUCCAAUGACGCAGAUGAAUACGUAUCGGUCGUACGUGACCAUGCUCGCGGAUCCGAAUGCGAAGGAUGAGUCGAAAUUAAAGGCAGCUCAAGAAAUGUCUGAAAAUUUCGAGGUCAUAAUGUGCUCGACACAGUAUCCCGCUUUCUUGGACCACCUGAUGAAAAAUUUCCUGAAGAUUCUUCAAGAAGGAAAGCCGCACUUUAUAUCCGAGUACAACAUACAACAGGUGCGCAAGCUUAUCCUGGAGAUGAUUCAUAGGCUUCCGACCAAUGAUCAUCUCAGGCCGUAUGUCAAGCAGAUACUCAGUCUUAUGUUGAAGCUCCUGGAAACCGAGAACGAGGAGAAUAUUUUGGUUUGCUUGAGGAUAAUUAUCGAGCUUCAUAAGCAGUACAGGCCGACUUUUAAUCCAGAGAUUCAACACUUUUUACAAUUUGUAAAAUCGAUAUACAGUGAAUUGCCCAAGAACUUGCCAAAAAUCUUUGAGCCUAGACCUCCCAUCCGUGUAAAAGACCUAUCAGAAAUAAAUUUGGACACUCUAUUGAAAGAAACUUUUACAAUUACGCCGAUUCAAAGUGAAAAGAAGGCUGCUGAUGGUUCAGUACUUAGUUAUAAUCUCAUCCCGAAAGCUGUACUAUCCCUGAAAGUUCUGCAGGAACUUCCAAUCAUCGUAGUACUGAUGUAUCAGAUUUAUAAGCAAAAUGUACACCAGGACGUCUCAGAUUUUAUCCCCUUGAUCAUGACCACGAUAACUCUUCAGCCCAGUCCUCAGCACCGUGCUUCACCGGCCUUUAACAAAGAAGUCUUCGUAGACUUCAUGGGAGCUCAAAUUAAAACUUUGUCUUUCCUCGCUUACAUUAUCCGCAUCUAUCAAGACGUUGUCGCACAGCACAGCACGAUGAUGGUGAAAGGUAUGCUGGGACUAUUGUCACUCUGCCCAAUGGAAGUGGCUCACCUUAGAAAAGAGUUACUAAUAGCAGCAAGGCACAUUUUGGCUACCGAUUUGAGGACGAAAUUCGUGCCUCACAUGGAGAGGCUUUUCGAUGAAGAGGUUCUAUUAGGUCAUGGCUGGACGACGUAUGAAAGCUUGAGACCCUUGGCGUACUCGACUCUUGCCGAUUUAGUGCAUCACGUACGACAACUUCUACCACUAUCCGAUCUUGCCAGAGCCGUUCAUCUGUUUAGUAAAAAUGUACACGACCAGAGUCUACCAACCUCGAUUCAGACGAUGUCUUGCAAACUUCUUCUGAAUCUUGUCGAGUGUAUUCGCCAACGUUCUGAUGCUGAAAACAGUAACCAAGGCCGUGAGCUUCUAAUGCGAAUGCUCGAAGUCUUUGUAUUAAAAUUUAAAACGAUUACAAAGCUGCAGAUGCCCAUACUUUUAAACAAAGCCAAACAACUGCCUGCUCCAACUAUUGAUACGAAACCAGCAACUGCUGAAGAUGUUAAACCUAACAUUGCCGAGCUGCAGGAAGAAAAAGAAUGUACAAAAACAAAAUUCGGUUUCCCAUCUACACAUAAUCAAAACUGCAGCGUUGUUGAUUAUAGAAGUCUCGUCAAGACACUCGUCUGUGGUGUGAAAACGAUAACCUGGGGUUGUGCUAAUUGUAAAUCCGGAGAAGUAGCCCAGUCCAAACAAUUCCAACCCAAGGAAACCUUGGUGUUUAUUCGCUUGGUAAAGUGGGCUCUUCAAGCAUUGGAUAUCUAUACAAUUGGACCACCAGCGCUAGGUGCAUUAGCUCAACCCGGCAGACCCGCUCAACCACAAACAGUUAGAAGCAAAGAAGAGAAGGAGGUACUUGAACACUUUAGCGGUGUCUUCUCAAUGAUGAAUCCUCAGACUUUCCAAGAGAUUUUUUCCACGACAAUCGACUACAUGGUUGAGAGAAUAUUCAAAAACGCAGCAUUGCAGAUCGUUGGCAAUUCUUUUCUAGCAAAUCCUACGACUUCUCCUAUUUUCGCAACUGUUCUCGUAGAAUAUUUGCUCGAGAGGAUGGAUGAUAUGGGCUCUAACGUCGACAGAAGUAAUCUUUAUUUGAGAUUGUUCAAACUCGUAUUCGGUAGCGUAUCGUUGUUUCCAGCAGAGAACGAACACAUGCUGAGGCCUCAUCUUCAUCAAAUUGUCAAUAGGUCGAUGGAGCUAGCUAUGUCUGCUAAGGAGCCGUACAACUACUUUUUGCUGUUGCGAGCCCUGUUUAGAUCAAUUGGCGGAGGAUCACACGAUCUCCUGUAUCAAGAGUUUUUACCUCUUCUACCGAAUCUUUUAGAAGGACUAAAUAGACUUCAGUCGGGACUGCACAAGCAACAUAUGAAGGACCUCUUUGUAGAGCUAUGUCUGACUGUGCCGGUUAGACUCAGUUCGCUGCUUCCUUAUUUACCAAUGUUGAUGGAUCCGCUAGUGUCGGCGCUAAACGGCAGCCAUACGUUGGUAAGCCAGGGUCUAAGAACUCUUGAACUCUGCGUAGACAACCUUCAGCCUGAUUUUCUCUAUGAACACAUACAACCGGUACGAGCGGAUCUUAUGCAAGCUCUGUGGAGAACUCUACGUAAUCCUACAGAUCAAGUGGCACAUGUUGCCUUUCGCGUGCUGGGAAAAUUUGGCGGCGGUAACCGAAAGAUGAUGAUCGAGCCACAGAAGCUCGAAUACAAUGACCGCGAGACUAAUCCUCCUGCGAUAGUCGCAUAUUUCCAAGAGCCCUCGAAAGGUAUCGAUUUCGCUGUUGAGAAGGUCAUAGAAACAGCCUUUACAGCUCUUAAGUCAAACACUACCGAUCCUUUCUACCGUAAGCAAUGCUGGGAAGUUAUCAACUGCUACUUGGCCGCAUCACUGAGACUGGAUGAUGACAGAGCAACGCUUUACAAAUUCUUUACGCAUCCGUCCUUCAAAGAAGGCAAGAUUCCACAUCAGCAGGGUCCGCACUACAAGAGUUUGGAUACUGUUGCUCGAAAUGUACAACAAACUGCACUCACAGGUCUCUUCGUCGCGGCAGCGAUUAAAGAACUCCGUCAAUCCGUCCUAGGCACGAUGUUCAGUAUCGUUCGGCACUACACUAUGGUGGCAAUAGCCCAACAAGCUGGUCCUUUCUGCCUCACCAAUAAGUCUAACCGCCUACAAGGACAAGAUCCGCUAGUUCUCAUCGACGCUCUGGCUGUAAUAAUGGGCCACGAAGAAAAGGAGCUUUGCAAGCCAGGUAACCUUGCACUAGUUCUCAUUCUCGAAACGGCGACCAAUAUUCUGGGUUCCAAGGAACGUGCUUGCCAGUUACCUCUUAUGGAAUAUCUUGCCGACAAGAUGUGCUCCCUUUGCUACGAGCGUGCUUGGUAUGCCAAACUUGGCGGCUGCAUGGCUAUAAAGUUUUUGUUUGAAAGAAUGGCCACAAAGUGGGUACUAAAUCACUUAUUCGUCUUCCUGAGGGCAUUAAUAUUUGUAAUGAUGGAUCUAACGGGAGAGGUGUCUAAUGGUGCUAUUGAUAUGGCUAAAGCAAAUCUUGAAAAAAUGCUGAGAGUUUGCGUUAAUCCUGGCGUGCAAGAGCCAGGAAAUUCCGAAUUGUUGGAAGCACAGAACAAGGCUCUUUAUGAAGUGACACAUGAAUUAGUAAGACAGGUGACAUCACCGCAUACAAUUGUGAGAGAACAGGCCAUGGCAUCGUUAAGGCUACUUGCUGAAAUACAAAACAAAACUGUGACCGAAGUAAUGGAGCCGCACAAGGAAGUGUUGGCAGAUAUGAUACCGCCCAAGAAGCAUCUACUUAGGCAUCAACCGGCGAAUGCCCAGAUAGGCUUAAUGGACGGUAACACAUUCUGUACAACACUUAGUCCUCGGCUUUUUACCAUCGACCUCAAGACUGUCGAACAUAAAGUCUUUUUUGAAGAACUUCUUACAUUGAAUGAAGCAGAAGACAUCAAUCUUAACAGGUUACCUUGCUAUAAAUCUGUACCAAACUUGAUACCUCUGCGAAAGUCCGCACUGAGAGCCCUCGCAGCUUGUCAUUACAUCGCCGACAAGCGACAGAACAUCUUUGAGGUUUUAUAUGCAGCUCUAGAAAAGCCUAACACCGAGCUUCAAGAGGCAGCGUUUGAGUGCAUGCAAAAGUUCAUAGCAGGCUUCCAGAUCGAUAUGGAGUCCGUUCACGCUAUCAUGAGGCCAAUGCUGCUUACUCUAGGAGAUCAUCGUAAUCUGAGUUUGAACUGCGUUAAGAGGCUGUCAUAUCUAACUCAGUUAUUCCCGAGUACUUUCAGUAUUACGCUAUGUGAGCAAUUACUGCAGCACUUAAAGAAACUACUAGAGAAUUUAAUUCAAGCGCACAAAGGAGUAUCAAAGACUGGAGAAAACGAGCAGAAAAUUGCUACGAUUAUCGGGAUAUUUCAUCAGAUACCUGCUGCCACGCCAAAGUUCAUCGACGUUUUAUGCAGAUUAGUCAUGCAAACUGAAAAAUCGUUGUUGGUUGAAGCAUCUAGUCCAUUCAGAAUGCCUCUUAUGAAGUUCUUAUUGAGAUACCCGACGGAAACCUUAAAUCUUUUCUUAAACGAUAACAACAUCAAAGAUCAACAAUGGAGUCGAUACCUUGAAUUUCUUAUCAAGCACAAAGAGGGCAAGCCUUUCAGAGAUGUGCUACAUAAGAGCACCACAAGGUUGAUAACGAUGCUUCUAGCUCACUCUCAAAUUAAUUCAAACCUAACGCACAGUGAGAAGAGUGAGCUUCAACAUCAAGCAAUCAGAAUUGUAUCUGUUCUCAUCAAAUUCGACGAACAAUGGUUGUCCACUCAAACGCAACUAGUAACAGCGUUGAGACAGAUCUGGUGCAACGACGACUACCACGCACUGCACAAGAAGGUGGACAGUAUCGAUUUCUGCCAUUGGAAGGAACCCAAGCUGAUCGUCAAGAUUCUUCUUCAUUAUUUCUGCCAUCAUCCCAACGACAUAGACCUUCUGUUUCAGUUGCUCCGAGCCACCUGUGGCAGAUACGUACCUGACUUCCAGUUUUUGCGAGACUUCUUAGAAAAUACAGUAGCUCAAGAAUACACUGUCGAGUGGAAGAGAAGUGCCUUCUUCAGGUUUGUUGAACACUUCCCAACAAGUAUGUCGCCCGAACUUAAAGCCAAGAUUGUGCAGCUCAUUAUCAUUCCUUGCUUCGCUGUGAGCUUUGAGAAGGGAGAAGACACAAAACUGGUUGGCAGUACGCCGGUGCCAUACCAGGAUAGUCCCGACAAUGUUGUUUCCGUUUUCAUUACUAAGAUAAUUGAUCCAGAGAAUCCAUUGACUGCAACUGACUGCGUGAGGAUAGCUCUACUGCAAUGUUCAUGUUUAAUGGUUGAAUUAGCAUCCCAAUACAUACACGAUGCAGCAAAUAAACGACAAGGUAACAAGCUGAGAAGACUCAUGACUUUCGCUUGGCCGUGUCUUCUGGGCAAGAACUGCGUCGACCCAGUGACGAGGUAUCACGGACACUUGCUGCUCAGUCACGUUAUCGCCAAAUUUGCUAUUCAUAAGAAGAUCGUAUUACAGGUAUUCCACAGUCUAUUGAAAGCACACGCCGUUGAGGCACGCAACGUCGUGCGUCAAGCACUUGAAAUCAUUACGCCGGCAAUGCCAGUGCGUAUGGAAGAUGGUUUCAAGAUGCUGACUCAUUGGACUAAGAAGAUUAUUGUUGAAGAAGGACACUCUAUGCAGCAGCUAUUUCACAUAUUGCAGCUGGUUGUUCGACACUACAAAGUUUAUUAUCCAGUACGCCAUCAUUUAGUACAACACAUGGUUAACUCGAUUCAGCGUCUUGGCUUCAGUCCCACGGCAACUAUUGAUCACCGUCGCUUGGCUGUUGAACUUGCUGAAGUCAUCAUCAAGUGGGAGUUGCAUCGUAUCAAGGAUGAAGCUGAAAAUGUAGAGACAGGUGGUACGGGCGUAAUGACCGGCAACCUAAAACGCUCACCUUCUUAUGAACCCGAAGCCAAACGUAUGGCUACACAAGCCGGCAUAAAUCAAGUCGCUGUAGCUGUAACCGCAGCCGCAGCAUCGCCGGGUCUUCUCGUUACACAAAAAAUGGAGCCCGGAGCUACUAAGCCCAUUGAACGUGCCCACGCUGAUGCCAUCCUCAACUUCUUAUUGAGGCUUGCCUGUCAAGUCAACGAUACUACUACAACACAGGGUAAUCCGGGCGAGCAGCUGUCGAGACGCUGUGUCGCACUACUGAAAAUGGCAUUGAAACCCGAUGUCUGGCCACAAUCAUGUGACCUGAAAUUGGGCUGGUUAGAUAAAGUCUUUGCUAGUGUGGAAACAAAUCAGCCGAAUUAUGGAAAUAUUUGCACUGCAUUAGAGCUGGUAACGUUCCUGCUGGGCGUCAUGAAGCGAGAACAGAUACUAGCAAGCUUCAAGCCUCUGCAAAGAGGUCUAGGAGCUUGCAUUGCUAAUACUAAUGCAAAAGUAAUAAGGCUAGUACACGGUUUGUUGUCUCGUUUGAUGACAAUAUUCCCAACGGAACCCACUACUUCAACAGUUGCUUCAAAACACGAGGAAUUAGAGACUCUUUAUGGAACAGUUGGUAAAUUUGUAAUAGAUGGCUUGGCCGCCUACGAAAAGAAUGCUUCAGCUCAAACAAGCUCCCUGUACGGCACAUUAAUGAUGCUCAAGGCAGCCUGUACGAAUAACCAGAGUUACAUUGAUAGGAUUAUCUCACCCUUCAUGCGCGUCCUUCAUCGCAUGGCCAAGGAUCAUCUUCAUCCCACGCAAACAGAAAACAACCAAGUAGGCAGUGAGUUGCUUAUUAUGAGUCUCGAUCUGGUAAAGAACAGAGUUGCGGUGAUGGGCGUCGACAUGCGUAAAUCCUUCAUCGGAUCUAUUCUGGUUGGUCUGAUAGAAAAAACGCAGGAUAUCAAGGUAAUGAAGGCAAUAACUAAAAUGCUAGAAGAAUGGAUGAAGAAUAAAAGCCCCGUGGCAGUCAAUCAAGCUCCGAGCUUAAGGGAAAAAUCGAUACUUUUGGUGAAGAUGAUGCAGUAUGUGGAAAAACGUUUUCCAGACGAUCUCGAAUUAAAUGGUCAGUUCCUCGAGCUGGUAAACUACGUGUACAGAGAUGAGACGCUGAAGUCAUCUGAAUUGACUUCCAAACUUGAACCAGCCUUCCUUAGUGGUUUACGUUGUAUACAACCACACAUAAGAGCGAAGUUCUUCGAGGUUUUCGACGGCUCCAUGCGACGCAGACUGCACGAAAGGCUCCUGUACAUCAUAUGCAGUCAAAGCUGGGACGCGAUGGGCCCGCACUAUUGGAUCAAGCAAUGCAUCGAGCUUCUUAUCGUUACUGCGAAUUCGACCACACAAGUCCAGAUGUCGAACCAAGAUACUUUACUACCCAGUAUAACGUCGCUCAUCAACAAUGUGGACAGCGAAGAACAAAAGAGUUUCCUAAUGUACUCAAUGGUAAAAGAAGAGCCACAAGACAUGAUGGAAUCAGGGGACGUGAAGGACGAUAUAAUGGAUAUGGAUCUGUCUAACAUCGAUCCCGUCACCACUCCUGAAGAAGUAACUACAGGAACCCAAACUACCCUGGCUCAACUUAUCGCUAACCAAGCAGAAUUCCUCGAGCAGUCCAAGAAGAUCAGGACAGAGCAACUGCUUAACGCCGCAGCGCAGCUCUGUCAUAUGGACACCAAUUUGUCUGAGCGAGUAUGGCUGGAUACGUUUCCGCGUCUAUGGAAUAUUCUCGACGAACAUCAGCAAAAUACCCUCAUAGCUGAAAUAGUUCCUUUCGUCUGCAGCGGCACCCACGUUAUUCAGAAGGAUUGUCAUCCCAGCGCCAUAGCUACCUUCGUCGAGGCGUUGUCUCAUUGUAAUCCACCAGUAGCCAUGCGACCUGCUCUAAUGAAGUACCUGGGUCGCUCACACAAUCUCUGGCACAGGAUGACCUUGAGCCUUGAACAAAUGGCCUUCGAAAACGGCAACAAUCAAAUCAAAGCGAAACGUGAAUCAGACUGCUACGAUUUCGAGCCAGACAACAGUCCGCAUACCGAAGUUCUCGACUCUCUGUCUGAUAUGUAUUCCUUGUUGUGCGAAGAGGAUAUGUGGUCCGGUCUCUGGCAGAAACACGCACACUACAAGGAGACACUCCAGGCAACUGCACUCGAACAACAGGGUUUCUUUGAACAAGCUCAGAAUGCCUAUGACUUGGCUAUGACUAAAUUUAAGCAGGAUUACGUGUCGACUCCAGCACCGUUCAAGACACAAAGAGAGGCACUAUUGUGGGAACACCACUGGAUCAGAUGCGCAAAGGAACUUAACCAGUGGGAUCUAUUAUUGGAUUAUGGUAGUAAGAAAGCGGAAAAGAAUCCAUUCUUGAUACUGGAGAGCUCCUGGAGGAUUCCAAACUGGUCGAUGAUGAAGGAAGCAUUAGCUCAGGUUGAGCAAAAUUGUCCUAAGGAAAUGAUGUGGAAAGUUAAUUUAUACAGAGGCUUCCUGGCUAUCUGUCACAGUGAAGAUCAACACCUGAGCGCUGUUGAAAGAUACGUCGAAUUAGCUUCCGGUUUGUGCAUGCGCGAAUGGCGUCGACUGCCUCAUAUUGUUAGUCACAUUCAUUUGCCACUUCUACAAGCUGCCCAACAGAUAAUGGAACUUCAAGAAGCCAUGCAGAUCCACCAAGGACUACUUCAUGGCCGCAGUUCUUCGCUUCACGACAUGAAAGCCAUUGUUAAAACCUGGAGAAAUCGGCUACCGGUAAUAGCCGACGAUCUUAGUCACUGGUCGGAUAUCUUCACUUGGCGUCAACAUCAUUACACAUUUAUUGCCAGUCACUACGAGACCCAUCAGGAAAGCCAGACACCAAACCACUCAAUGCUAGGCGUUCACGCCUCUGCUCAGGCUAUCAUACAUUUUGGAAAAAUAGCCCGAAAACAGAAUCUUUGUGGCGUUUGUUUGGACUCUUUGUCAAGGAUAUACACGAUCCCGAGUGUUCCUAUUGUAGAUUGUUUCCAGAAGAUCAGACAACAAGUCAAAUGUUAUCUGCAGAUGGCUUCGGUUUCUGGAAAGAAUGAACUCCAAGAGGGCUUAGAAGUUAUCGAAUCAACAAAUCUCAAAUACUUUACCAAAGAGAUGACGGCCGAGUUUUAUGCGUUGAAGGGUAUGCUGCUUUCGCAGAUCGGUCGUUCCGACGAUGCCAACAAGGCCUUCUCCGCUGCGGUACAAUUACAUGACACACUUGUAAAAGCCUGGGCUCUAUGGGGUGACUAUCUAGAGAGUAUAUUUACUCGCGACGCUCGACAGAUUUCGAUUGGUGUGUCAGCCAUCACAUGCUUUCUUCACUCCUGCCGACAUCAGAACGAAAGCAAAUCGAGAAAAUACCUUGCCAAGGUUCUGUGGCUCUUGACCUACGACGAUGAGAAAUCUUCACUCAUGGAUGUAGUAGAUAAGUACGCAGUUGGCGUGCCACCCAUACAGUGGCUGCCAUGGAUACCACAGCUGCUCAUGUGCCUAGUGCGAUAUGAGGGUAACGUCAUAUUGAAUUUACUGAGCCAAGUCGGCAGAAUGUUCCCGCAGGCAGUGUAUUUCUCUAUCAGAACGCUGUACCUGACACUUAAGAUCGAACAGAGGGAGAGGUUUAAAAGCACCGAAUUAGCUAAAGGGCACGAUGGGGGUGACAGGAGUGCAAGCGGAGCUCAGCAAGCUCAACAACAACAGGAAGUAAAAGCGAAGGCGACCAUACCUAUGUGGAUGUGUUCGAAAAUCAUGCACAUACAGAGGGAAAUUCAUCCUACGAUUUUAUCGAGUUUGGAGGGCAUCGUCGAUCAGAUGGUUUGGUUCCGUGAAACUUGGUAUGAAGAGGUACUUAGACAACUACGACAGGGACUUGCAAAGUGCUAUGCAAUAGCUUUUGAGAAUCGGGGAGCAGUCAGCGAAGCUACGAUAACGCCGCAUACACUGAACUUUGUGAAGAAACUCGUAUCAACGUUUGGUAAGAAAAUAAAUACUUCAUUGUCUGUAUUUUUACGUAAUUGUAUAAGUUACAUAGAUACUAAUAGUGUCUUUUUUAUUACAGAAAAUAUAUCUUCUUCACAAAAUAUAACAAAUACCUUUGGUUCAGCUGGCAACGAGUCCUUAGCUCGUAGGGCGCAGGCAACGGUUCAAGAUCCUGAUUUCCAAAAGAUGAAGAGUCAGUUUAUCAGUGAUUUCGACUUCAAUACACCUGGUGCUCGACUUUUGCACAACUUGAUUAGUAAAUUUAAAAAGUGGAUAAAAAUACUCGAAGGCAAAACGAAACAACUGCCAAAGUCUUUCCUGAUUGAAGAAAAAUGCCGUUUCUUAAGUAACUUCAGUUUAAAAACGGCUGAAGUGGAAUUACCUGGUGAAUUCCUGCUACCAAAACAUUCUCACUAUUACGUGAAAAUAGCACGAUUUAUGCCUAGAGUCGAGGUUGUACAAAGGCACAACACUGCGGCUCGACGACUCCGCAUUCGUGGUCACAACGGUCGACUCUAUCCAUAUCUCGUGGUGAACGAUGCAGGUUUGGGUGAUGCGCGACGCGAAGAGCGUGUACUCCAACUGCUUCGUUUCCUCAAUCACUACUUGGCCAAACAGAAGGAGACGUCUCGCCGCUUCUUACACUUCACUGUGCCGAGAGUAGUCGCUGUAUCGCCUCAGAUGCGUCUCGUUGAGGAUAACCCUGCCUCCAUGUCACUGUUAGAUAUCUACAAACAAGGAUGUGCUAAACUGGGUAUUGAGCACGACGCACCGAUCGCCAGGUACUACGAUAGAUUGGCGACUGUGCAAGCACGAGGUACUCCAGCUAGUCACCAGGUGCUUAGGGAUAUUUUGAAAGAAGUGCAAGGCAGUAUGGUUUCAAGAACUAUGCUAAGAGACUGGGCCGUUAAGACUUUCCCAGCUGCUACUGAUUAUUGGACAUUCAGAAAAAUGUUUACACUACAAUUAUCUUUGGCCUGUUUUGCGGAAUACGUACUUCAUUUGACAAGACUAAAUCCUGACAUGAUGUAUGUACAUCAAGAUUCUGGCUUGAUCAACAUUGCGUAUUUUAAGUUUGACGUUGAUGACACAUCUGGAGAAUUAGACGCUAAUCGACCGGUUCCUUUCCGAUUAACUCCAAAUAUUUUAGAAUUCCUGACUACUACAGGUGUAUCUGGUCCAUUAACAGCAAGCGCGAUCGCUACCGCCCGGUGUCUAGUCCAGCCAUCAUUCAAGGUCCACACAAUAUUACGAGCGAUACUGCGUGAUGAAGUGAUUGCGGACCAUAGUAAAAAACAAGAAGAUUCAAAGAACACUGCCGAAGGUCCGACCGACAUGAAGGCUGAGCUAUUGAUAACGAUGGUGACGCGCGCUGUUACGGCCAUUGUCUCAAGACUGAAUUCGUUGGCGCACUUCGAUGGCACCGACAGUAAGGUCAGCACCCUGGUCGCUGCAGCCAACAGUCACGAUAAUCUCUGUCGCAUGGAUCCCUCGUGGCAUCCAUGGUUGUAAAAAGAAAAGAGUAAGAAGACAAUUCGAGUUUUUCGUUCUGUAUACAUUAAGCUCUCUUGGUAUUAAGAGAAUGAUUUUUUGUCUUAUCCACGCCUCCACGUUGUUGUUCAAUAUAAGUUGUACAUACGGUAUGAAAAACGUGAUUUGUGAAGAGAUGUUAAUCUCGAUGUAAAUUAAGCGCGAUGAGCACUGUACCUUUGCAAUGACGAAACGAACGACAUUGUACAUAAUUGUUUGUAAAUGUGCUUAAUAAGUGCAUAAAUAUAAAAAACUAAAUAUUUUUUAUUUUUUAGGAUGCUUUAAAUUACUAUUAUUAUGAUUAAUUUGACAUACAGUAUUAAGAUGAUGGUAAUAGUUUAUGGAAACUUUGUACGUAAAAUGAUUCAAUAAACAUUUGCUAUAACAAAUAUAUAUAUAUAUAUAUA